AACUAUACGCUCGUCGGACCAGCGCCCUGACGUCGGACGUGCGUCACAUGAGGGCGGGGCGAAUGGACCACGACGGGACAAGACCACAGGCGGCACCGACCGCCAAUCACUGUCAUCAAGCGCCGGGAACUCAGGGUUUAGGAGCCAUUGUUGGGGACGGAGCUUCGAUGGAGGACCACAUGACGGGGCACAACAAGGAGGAGUGUUAUGAGUGCAUCAGCGAGCGCCCCUACACCUGCGCCCAGUGCGGCAAGGGCUUCAGCUGCUCCACCAGCCUGCUGAAACACCAGCACGCCCACACCGGCGAGCGCCCCUACACCUGCAUGCAGUGUGGCAAGGGUUUCACAAACUCCACCUAUCUGCUGCAGCACCAGCGGAUGCAUUCCGGCGAGAUGCCCUUUACCUGCUCCGACUGCGGAAAGAGCUUCAAGAGGGCGUAUGACCUGAAGCGCCACCGACGGGUGCACACGGGCGAGAAGCCCUAUGACUGCUCCACCUGCGGGAUGAGCUUUUCCCGGUUGUCGGGGCUGCAGCAGCACCAGCAGGUGCACAGUAGUGAGCGGCCCUUCACCUGCUCCAACUGCGACAAAGGCUUCAAGUCGCCGCGGGACCUGAAGGCGCACAAGUUCCUGCACAAUAGAGAGCGGCUCUACAGCUGCAGCGACUGCGGCAAGGGCUUCACCCAGUCCCACAGCCUGCUGGUACACCAGCGCAACCACACCGGCGAGCGCCCCUACACCUGCGCCCAGUGUGGCAAGGGCUUCACCCGUUCCACCUACCUGCUGGUGCACCAGCGCACCCACACCGGCGAGCGUCCCUUCACCUGCGCCCAGUGCGGCAAGGGCUUCGCCAGCUCUUCCAGGCUGCUGUCCCACCAGCGGGUGCACGCUGGCGACCGUCACUUCCCCACCCCGGUGUGUGGAGAGCGCUUUACCAUGGCCUCCCACGCUGUCUCACCAGCCCAUGCACACCAAUGGCCAGCCCUACGACUGCCCGUACUGCAGUGAGGCAUUUGACAGCUCGCGGGGGUUGCGGCAGCACCGGCGGACCCACGCCGGCGAGCAGCUGCUCCUACUGCAGGAAACGUUCCAAGAACGCACGGGGACUGCGGGAGCAACAGCGAAUACACACUGAAGAGAGACACCCUUUGUGUGCGCUGAGUGUGGCAUGGAUUUCACCCGCAUGUCCAGCCUGUGACAUGACCUUUGCCCGCUCCUCCAGCCUGCUGGCACACCGUGACGUGGAUAGGCACUGUUUAGGUAGACACAAAUUGCUGGAAGGAAUCAGUAACAUUUGGGUCGAGAACCUCUUCAGUCUUGACCUUCUCUCCAGAGAUGCUGCCUGUCCCACUGAGUUACUCCAGCACUUUGUGUCCUUUUUUGUAAACCAGCAUCUGCAAUUCAUUGUUUUCAAACCAUUCUGGUAAACCACUCUGCACCUUACCCGAAGCCCCCACAUCAGCCCUGUAAUGGAGUGACCAGAACUGUAUGCAAUACUACAAAUGCUACCUGAUCAAUGUCCCUUAAAGCUGCACAUAUACAUUCAUAGAAACAUAGAAAAUAGGUGCAGAAGUAGGCCAUUCGGCCCUUCGAGCCUGCACCGCCAUUCAAUAUGAUCAUGGCUGAUCAUCCAACUCAGUAUCCUGUACCUGCCUUCUCUCCGUACCCCCUGAUCCCUUUAGCCACAAGGGCCACAUCUAACUCCCUCUUAAAUAUAGCCAAUGAACUGGCCUUAACUACCUUCUGCGGGUGAGAAUUCCAGAGAUUCACCACUCUCUAUGUGAAAAAAGUUUUCCUCCUCUCGGUCCUAAAAGAGU